ACGCGCGGUCACACUGUCCAUCACUGUUGUUGAUUUUUUGUGCAAAAAAUCUUUUUGGCUUCCUCAAAUUUCGAAUGUCUCCAACUAUUGUGUAAUUCUGCGUGUGUACACCGAAACGGAAACGUUGAAUACACUCACGACCACAAAGUAACGACGCACCAAAGACUGCAGCGGUGUCUAUGGACUACGGCGGUGGUGGUGGUGGCAGCGCAGCCGGCAGCGGGACGAACAACGCGUCGGAGGCGUCGGAUCUCAACAUGUGCGGGGGUCAGGAUAUGCUGGAGGGCAAGGCCAAGGAGAAGGCGCGCCGCUACUGGACGCCCAGCGAGGAGGAGCGCUUGUACGAGAUCUGGGGACGCGACAAUUGGCGACUGACACGAAAUGGCAAGAACACAAUAUUCUUUGCCCAAUGGGCGGAGGAGUUGCGCGAACGUUUCGGUGUGGAUGUCAAGCCCGAGGAGAUACAGAUGAAGGUCAAUCAGACGCGGGCCAAGUUCAGGUCCGUGAAGAAGCAACUGCUGGCGGAUCCCUCCAGCUAUAGCAAUCGCUGGAAGAAGUACGACAUAAUCAAUCGGAUACUGAAGAAUCUGCACAGGCCGAAGGAUGCCGAACCCUUGCCACCGGCUGCAAUGCUCAAUAAUCGGGAUAUGACACCUCCCCGCGAGGAUAUGACGCCGGAGCAGCUGCAGCUGCAACAGCGACAGCAGCAGCAACUGCAACAGCAGCCUACAACACAGCAGCCAAGGCAGCAACAACAACAGCAGCAGCAGCAGCAGCAAGGACUCAAUCUCACCACAGAGGCGGCGGCCAGCAGCUUCUACAACAACAGCAGCAACAGCAACAACAGCAGCAGCCACAACAACAACAAUAACGCCGCUGGUGCUGGCGGUGGCGGUGGUGCUGCCGGUGGCAUGAGCUUCAACACGGAACUAUUUACGGAUCAGUACGAUGAGGCGGUGAAGCAGGAGUACGAGGACGACGAGUAUCGCUCGAUACCCUUCCAGGAGCCACUGCAACAGUAUUCGCCCGCGGAGCCGGCACAACUGCUUGAGCUGCAGACGCCACAGCAGCUGCAACAGCAACAGCAUCAGCAGCUGCAUCAGCAACAAUUUCAGCCGGGAUAUGGGCAACAGUUUCAGCAGCAGCAGCAGCAGCAGCAGCCAUUGCAGCUGCCAACAGAACAGCAGCCAGGAGCACAGCCAAGUGUCUACCCCAACAGCAGCAGCAGCAAUGGCACCAACAGCAACGCUUCUGCCACCACACCAACCAUCAAUCAUCAGCCUAUCACUGCUGUGGCGUACAUCAACAGCAGCAACAACACGAUCAGUGUGGCCACCAAUGCCAAUGGUGGGUCUGUAAGCGGAAUGGGCAAUGCUUCGCCCGCACCAGCGCCACGGAGACGUGGACGUCCCUUUGGUUCGUCGAAUACCUUGUCCGCCGACUCACUGGAGGCGCUCUACAUGGAGGAGGUGCGCCGGAAUACCCAACUGAUGGCCGAACAGACAAAGAUCUCGCGGCAGCGGCUGGAGCUGGAGGAGCGUAAGCUCGACUUGAUGCAAACCUUCUUCCCCAAGGUGCUGGAGAAUCAAACGAUGAUCCUUAAUCGAUUCAUGCAGUGGGAGUCGCCACCGCAGCCGCCACAGCAGAUGCACCACCAACAGCCGCCAGAUUCCGGCCAGCAGUGAGGCACCGCUCAGAAUUUUUCGACAAUUUUUCUAAGCAAAUCGAGAGAGAAAAGUUUUUGUAGUUUUCUGGACGCGCGCGAUGCCUUGCAAUUGGAUGUGUUUUGUGUGUCCCUACAAUUUAAUUAAUAACCUUAACAUCAAAAGAGCAAAAUAAUGCAUACAAUACACGCGCAGGCAAAAAAGUGUUAGGAUUAAGAU